AUGGGCUGGGUAGAGAACGCAACGCCCGAGGUCGAGGCGAUCUCACAAUGGAAAACUAUCAUCGCCGUAUGUGUGGUCGUAUCGACCGUCGCUGCCGUUGUCGUUUCACUGAGGUUAUGGGUCCGGUAUAGGAACCAUGGCCUGCAAAGCGACGACUACCUGUCUGCGUUGUCGAUGGCAUUUGCUAUUACCUAUGCUGCUCUCUGCAUUGCUCAAACAAAAUACGGCUUGGGUCUACCAUUGGCACUCCGUCCAAAAGAAAAUCUAAUCCCAUACACGCGGACAAACUAUGCCGGCCGUCCGAUCUACCAACUGGGCAUCAGCUUCUUCAAGAUUGCCCUCUUGAUCAGCUACCUGAGAAUCUUCGACCGCACGAACCACCGCGUUUACCGCAGGAUUGUCUGGGUCACCAUCGUCGCCAUCUUCCUUGGGCACCUGGGUUGUGCUCUGUGCCUUAUUCUUGCUUGCCAGCCGGUCCAUAAAUCGUGGAACCCUACAGUGCCCGGCAAAUGUCUGGCCCCAGGCCCUUCUUUCACAGGCUACGCAAUCGUGACCAUUGUUUCCGACAUCAUCGUCACUCUGAUCCCCAUCCCCGUGCUCCUUAAGCUGAAUGUCUCUCGCGGUAAGAAGAUUGGCCUCAUCUUCAUCUUCAUGUUGGGCAUCUUCAUCACCCUCUGCUCCAUCUUCCGCUAUCGCGAGAUCGACCGCAUCCAGAACGGCGACGGUAACUCAACGAUGCUCAUUCUGUGGGGUGUGAUCGAGUUCAAUGUGGGGAACAUCGUCUCCUCCCUGCCAUUCCUUGCCCCCAACGUCCUACGUAAAGCGAAGGAAUACAGAAGCAAGUAUGGCCACGGCAGCGGGGGCUACUCGCACGGCAGCGGGGUGCGCAAGCUGGGUAAGUCGGGGGAUGGAUACAAGCUCAGCAGCCUUUCGUCCAGCCGCAAUGGGAAGAGCAACCAUGGCACGUUCGCGACAAUCAAAGGCAACAGCACGGGGAGCGAGGAAAAUAUUCUACAGAACAGCCCCGAGAAUUCCAUUGUCAAGAGUGUGACGUACAGUGUCAAGGUUGAGAGCGAGUAG